CAGACAAGUAAGAGUGCGGGCGGCGUCUUAACCCUGCGCUCCCCGGAGCGGACCGGUGAGGAGGGCGCCGAGGGGAGGGCGGCCCGCGGGCGCGCGCGCUCUUAGAGAAACUUUCCUCGCCAAAGGCCCCGGGAGGCGCGGGUGCCCCCCGCUUGCCAGCGCGCUGUUGCGGCCCCGAAACUUCUGCGUGCAGCCCAAACGAACCCCACGUGAAGUGACGGACUGUUCUAUGACUGCAAAGAUGGAAACGACCUUCUACGACGAUGCCCUCAACGCCUCGUUCCUCCCGUCCGAGAGCGGUGCCUAUGGCUACAGUAACCCCAAGAUCCUGAAACAGAGCAUGACCCUGAACCUGGCCGAUCCGGUGGGCAGCCUGAAGCCGCACCUGCGGGCCAAGAACUCGGACCUCCUCACCUCGCCCGAUGUGGGGCUACUCAAACUGGCGUCGCCCGAGCUGGAGCGCCUGAUCAUCCAGUCCAGCAAUGGGCACAUCACCACCACGCCGACCCCCACCCAGUUCCUGUGCCCCAAGAACGUGACGGACGAGCAGGAGGGCUUCGCCGAGGGCUUCGUGCGCGCUCUGGCCGAACUGCACAGUUUUCAGCCCCAGCAGCAGCAGCCGCCACCGCAACCGCCGCACCACCUGCCCCAGCAGAUCCCGGUGCAGCACCCGCGGCUGCAGGCCCUAAAGGAGGAGCCGCAGACGGUGCCUGAAAUGCCUGGGGAAACACCGCCCCUCUCCCCCAUCGACAUGGAGUCCCAGGAGCGGAUCAAGGCGGAGAGGAAGCGCAUGAGGAACCGCAUCGCUGCCUCCAAGUGCCGGAAAAGGAAGCUGGAGAGAAUUGCCCGGCUGGAGGAAAAAGUGAAAACCUUGAAAGCGCAGAACUCCGAGCUGGCGUCUACAGCCAACAUGCUCAGGGAACAGGUGGCACAGCUUAAACAGAAAGUCAUGAACCACGUUAAUAGUGGGUGCCAACUCAUGCUAACGCAGCAGUUGCAAACGUUUUGAGGAGAGACUGUCGGGGGCUGAGGGACGACGGAGAAAAAAAAAUAACAGAUACAGACUUGAGAACUUGACAAGUUGCGAGAAAGAGAGAGAGAGAGAGAGAAAAGAAGUGUCCGAGGACUAAAGCCAAGGGUAUCCAAGUUGGACUGGGUUGCGUCCUGACGGCGCCCCCAGUGUGCACGAGUGGGAAGGACUUGGCGCGCCCUCUCUUGGCGUGGAGCCAGGGAGCGGCCGCCUGCGGGCUGCCCCGCUUUGCGGACUGGCUGUCCCAGCGCAAACAGAACCUUAGACUUUUCUUUAACAUUGACCAAGAACUGCAUGGACCUAACAUUCGAUCUCAUUCAGUAUUAAAAGGGGGAGGGGGAGGGGUUGCAAGCUGCAAUAGAGACUGUAGAUUGCUUCUGUAGUGCUCCUUAAGAAUACAAAGCGGGAGGGGUCGAGGGGGGGAGGCGGGAGGGAGGCUUGUGAGAAUGAGGCUGAGCCUACAGAUGAACUCUUUCUGGCCUGCCUUCCUUAACUGUGUAUGUACAUAAAAAUAUUUUUUAAUUUGAUGAAAGCUGAUUAUUGCCAAUAAACAGCUUCAUGUCUUUGUAAGUUAUUUCAUGUUUGUUUGUUUGGGCGUCCUGCCCAGUGUUGUUUGUAAAUAAGAGAUUUGGAGCACUCUGAGUUUACCAUUUGUAAUAAAGUAUAUAAUUUUUUUU